AUGUCUCAUAUUACGGAUGACACAAUUCCCAUCUUCAAUGAAGACACUAUUGGACUUGGUGACAAGAGUUACAAAAACAAGGCAACACAUAGUUCUACUACUUUAAUAUUCAUUUAUAUAUAUAUAUAUCUCAGUUUAACUCACCAAAAACCAUCGAUUCCAACAAUUCAUUUCAAUACUAUUCAUACCUAUUCAGCUGAACGAUCAAAACCAAACAAAUCUGUAGUAGGCGGAGUAGUUGGUAGCAUUGUUAUUGCUACUACUACUGCUGAUGUGAAUGAUAGUGAUGUUGUUGUUAAAAUUGAUGGUAGUAUUAGUAAUCAAUUGCUACUACAAAAAAUCUACACAACUCUGUCUGAAUUUACUUUCCACUUUGAAUAUUUUAAAAGUCGUAGUUUAAUAUUGUCAAUGUUGACAUUUAGUAGUUUUAAUCAAUCUAUAUACUGUACUACUUCUUACUCUCCAAAUUCUGCAUCAUCAUUGUUAACAACAGCGUGUGGAACAACAUCAAGCAAAUCAACUAUUAAUUAA